UCUCCAUUUUCUGUUUUAAGCUUUAAUUUUUUAGCUUGUGCUCUUUGGUAUGGACUAAAUUGGAAUUUUAAUCCUUGAUUUUCUUGGUGGUUGAAUUAUUUUGUUAUAUACCAAGAUUUUGAUUUAUGGCACAAUUAAUGAGGUUUAUAAGAAAUAUCAAUGUCAGUGUUAGAGCAAUUAUUUGUGGAAUGUUUACCUAAGUUGACUUUUGCAUUAGAUUGCCCCUAUGGAUUGUCUUCUAGCAUAUAUAUAUAUAUAUACAUACACACACACUCGCCUUAGAAACACUGUCGAAUGGAAGAGAAUUAAAUUGAUUUGAGUUUGAUGGAAUUUUAUCCGUUGGAAAUUUCUGAUUACUUGUCUCAAAUUCUUGUACUAGUUAGGUUUAUUUAUGGGGAUUAUCUUUGGUGAAAGUUUUUAUUGGGAUUUACUUGGUCCUUCAUGAAUUUUUGUGCAUGAAGUUUUUAUUGGGCUUAUGAGAGUGUACGAGAGAUGUCUACGAGGGUUCAUAGAAUUUGUAGAGAUGUGAGGGAGAGAGGGGAGGAACUCUAAGGGAUAGAAGAAGGUAUUGUUUCAGGGUUCAGGAGUCAGGACAAAGGAUGAGUAAGAAAGCGGGGAGUUGGACUGAUUCAACACUCCGAUGACAUUGAGCUGGAAAACAGGUUAUCUUUCUGGCACUUGACGUACGCAUAAAGAAUGUGGCGAAUACAUAUUCGCUUGAACAUGAAAGCAUAGAUUACCUCUUUGAAUCUUUGUUUAAUUACCUGAAUGCUUUAGUGAAGGAAGAUGAAAAUAUCUCCGGGACAUUUCAAGAACUUGUAAUUUGCAUCAGCACCAUCCAGACGACCAUUUGCCAGCAUAUGGUUAAAGAGGAAGAACAGGUUUUUCCUUUGCUAAUGCAGCAAUUCUCUCCUAAAGAACAGGCGUCACUUGUUUGGCAGUUCAUGUGUAAUGUUCCCGUAACACUAUUGGAAGAUUUUUUGCCAUGGAUGGCUUCUUUUCUUUCUCCAGAUGAACAAAUAAAUGCUUUGCAUUGUUUAAAAGAAGUUGUACCUAAGGAAAAACUAUUGCAAGAGGUGGUGAUUUCCUGGAUUGAUAACAAAAAUCAGCCUUCAUUUGGGGCCUUCACUAAUACUGGAAAAGGAGUUCAAUGUCCUGAUGGUCCCGCAAAUUUGAAAGAUAUAUUCGAUGCGUACACAUCUAGGAGCGUCUGUUUGGACAAAUGGCAGUGGAGGAAAGAAUCUUCUAUCCAGACAACUGUUAGACGCAAUCCUGUUGAUGGUCUUCAUCUUUGGCAUGGUGCUAUCAGAAAAGAUUUGAAAAGAAAUUUGGAAGAGCUAUAUCAAAUAAGAAGCUCAAACAAUAUUUCAACUUUACCUUCAGUAGUCAUCCAGUUAAAAUUUUUUGCAGAUGUCCUCAUCUUCUAUAGGAAUGCACUGGAUAAAAUCUUUUACCCCAUGUCAAAUGAACUUGUCAAAGUCUGCCCAUCUCCCUCUUUUGAACAAUUCCCAGUUGAAAGUCAAAUUGAAAGUUUACAGAGGUUGCUUUACUCUAAGGUUCAAAAUGGGAUACCUACAUUCAACUUCAUGGAGAAACUGUGUGGGGAACUGGAGUUAUUUUUUAUGGGGAUUAGCAAACAAAUGGUUUUUCUAGAAACAGAGGUUUUCCCUAUUUUUAGCAAGAACUGCAGCCAUGAAAUGCAGCGGUGGCUACUGUACACAAGCCUUCUCAUGAUGCCCCUUGGUUUGCUGAAGUGUGCGAUCACCUGGUUUUCAGCUCAUUUAACCGAGGAUGAAUCGAAGUCCAUAUUGUAUUGCAUAAAGCAAGGGGGUCCCUUAGUCAAUCGUUAUUUGGCAUCUCUUUUGUAUGAGUGGGUACGCAUUGGUUAUUCAGGUAAAACAUCCACUGAAAAAUUCAGAAGAGAUUUGCAGAAAAUGUUCAAUAGCAGAACCUCAUUUCUGUCUGAACAUAUCAAGGAGGAUUCGGGAGUUUCUUGCUUACAGUUGGGUAUGCAAUCCUGCAGCAAACCUAACCCUGGUUCAUUGGAGCCAAAGUCAGAUGUCCAGGGGAAAAACUGCAUGUUUAAUUCUUCAUCUUCUGGAUCCAACACCACUGAUCAAUAUGACACAUCAUACUCUAGUGGGAUCAAUUUGCAUAUACUCCUUCCUAGAACGUUAAAGAAAUUGUCACCAUAUCCUAAAUUUCCAGCUGACAACAGUGGUGUUAAUUCCAUCUUUACUCUUGAACCUAAGCCAAUGGACCACAUAUUUUUCUUCCACAAAGCUCUCAAGAAAGAUUUGGAAUACCUCGUCUUUGUUUCAGCUAAGCUGGCUGAAAAUGCUGGGUUGUAUGUGGAUUUCCAUCGGCGCUUCAAUCUUGUGCGAUCUUUAUAUCAAAUUCAUAGUGAUUCUGAGGAUGAGAUUGCCUUUCCAGCUCUAGAGGCAAAGGGAAAAGCCCAAAACAUUAGCCACUCCUAUUCCAUUGACCAUAAAUUGGAAGUUGAACACUUCAAUAAAAUUUCCCUCAUCCUAGAUGAGAUCUCUAAAUUGCAUGUUUCAGAUUCUAUUAUUGAUGUGGAUAAAUGGGAUAAAAAGAUGCUAAAGUUCUGUAGUCUGUGUGUAGAGCUCCAUAGUAUGUGCAAAUCUAUGCAUAAUAUACUUUGUGAGCAUGUCCAUCGUGAAGAAAUUGAACUUUGGCCUCUAUUCAGAGAAUGCUUCUCCCUUGAUGAGCAAGAAAAAAUAAUAGGAAGCAUUCUUGGAAGAACAAGAGCAGAAGUUCUGCAAGAAAUGAUACCCUGGCUCAUGGAAUCUCUUUCACCAGAAGAACAGAAUGCCAUAAUGUCCUUAUGGCGCAAGGCCACCAAAAAUACAAUGUUUCAUGAAUGGUUAGGAGAAUGGUGGGAAGGUAUGAAGAGGUAUGAAUAUGAUAUAGUUAAGGUGGAAGAAGAGUCAAAUAUCCCUCCUUCAUGGAUUGCAGAUCCACUGGAAGUUAUCUUAAAGUAUCUGCCAAAAGAAAAUUUUAAUGGUCAAGGAGGGAUUCUCCGGGACAAUGGCGUCAAAUUUCCACGAAAAGGUUCUCCCAGUUCUUUUACUGAGCUGCAUGGAAAUCUUAGCGUGGAUGACAAAGAGAAGACUCUCAAUGGAAACCAAAAUAAUUACAAAUGUUCAGAUUAUACAGUAUUUUCUGGUGAGGUUGGCAAGAAGAGAUCUAAUGAAAUAGAAGAUGCCACUGAUCAAGUUAGUAAACCGGAUAAGCUUGUGCAAGUCAGUAAAAACUUCAGGAACCAGGAACACCUUCUCUCACUCAACCAAGAAGAACUGGAGGCUGCAAUUAGAAGAGUAUCCCGUGACACUACUUUAGAUCCUCAAAAGAGAUCAUACAUAAUCCAGAACCUGCUAAUGAGCCGUUGGAUUGUUAGACAGCAAAAGUCUCAUUCUGAAGUUACUGUCUCAAGUAAUAAGGAAGAAGUUCCAGGUCAGUGUCCAUCAUAUCGGGGCCCUCUUAAAUCUAGUUUUGGCUGCAAACACUACAAGAGGAACUGUAAGCUUGUUGCUGCCUGUUGCAACCAGCUUUAUACGUGCAGAUAUUGCCAUGAUGACGUGGCUGAUCAUUCUAUGGAUAGGAAAGCAACCACCAAGAUGAUGUGCAUGAAAUGCUUGACAAUUCAGCCAGUUGGUCCCACAUGUUCCACUGCUUCUUGUCAUGAUUUAUCCAUGGCAAGAUACUAUUGCCGGAUCUGCAAACUGUUUGAUGAUGAGAGGGAAAUUUAUCACUGCCCUUACUGUAACCUGUGCCGAGUUGGGAAAGGAUUGGGCAUUGACUAUUUUCAUUGUAUGAAUUGCAAUGCUUGCAUGUCACGGUCUCUUGCAGUGCAUACAUGCCGUGAGAAGUGCUUUGAGGACAACUGCCCAAUCUGCCACGAAUACAUCUUCACAUCAAGCUCUCCAGUUAAGGCCCUUGCAUGUGGUCAUUUGAUGCACUCGGCAUGUUUUCAGGACUAUACUUAUACCCACUAUACCUGCCCAAUUUGUAGCAAGUCACUUGGGGACAUGCAGGUGUACUUUGGAAUGUUAGAUGCAUUAUUGGCUGAAGAGAAAAUUCCAGACGAUUAUUCUGGCCAGACUCAGGUCAUAUUAUGCAAUGACUGUGAAAAAAGAGGAACUGCUUCAUUUCAUUGGCUCUAUCACAAGUGCUCUUAUUGUGGUUCAUACAACACCAGGCUUCUAUGACAUUUCUGCAGUGAGUGUAAAUAGUUGAUUCUCUCAACCCACUAUAUAGGAAAUUUGAUCUUGUUAACUUGUAUAGCUGUAAUAACUUGGUGUUAGGUGAAACCACUCUAUAUCUUUGAAUAAAUGUAUUUUUGUCCUUGGGGAUA